AUGUAUUUACAGCGAUCUUCUUCUUAUCGGAAUAUGAGGGAUCGUUUAUCCGAGUUUCAGGUAAGUGUAGGAAUUCUGAAUAAUUUUGAAAAUAAAGGUGUUUUUCUUGUUCUUUUUGGUGUGUUUUAAGAACAUUAUCAAUUUUAGAAAAAAAUCAUUUUCCAUGAUUCUUGUUUCAAUUUUUUAUUAAAAAUAGUUUCAUUGAUGCAAAAUUAUAUUUCCUCUCAGAAGAAUAAUCAUAGCUACAAUUUCCAUAAAAAUUUCAAGCAGAACUUCGAAUAUUUUAGGUCCGGUUCAAAACAGUUCAUGAAAUUUCAUUUAUUUUUUUCCUGUAAUUUGAACCAGUCAAAAAAAUCCAGGGAUUUAUUUCAAAGCAAAUAUUUUUCAUUCAACAUUUUAUCACCAGAUUUGAAAAUUCCUCCAAGACAAUCUCCAGAAAUUAUUAAUUCAUUAAUAAUUUUUAUUUUCCAGAGCCGAGUGACCGAUCGUUUUGAUGAAGUAGAAUUGUCAGCUCCUCGUCCAGCAUCAGCUGCAGAAUAUGUCGAUAGAAGAUUGCAGGUAAACAAAACUAGUUUCGGAUUAUUUUUUCUAUAUUUUCCCAUCUAUCCGUUUUUCAAAAAAAAAAAUGAAUCAUUUUUAUUUAUUGACGAUUUAAAUCCUUUGCUGUAUAAACAGAAAGUACAACAGAAAAAAAACAUGUAAAUUCGAUUUUUAACAGGAAGUUCGAAGUGCUAUUGAAAGUGUAUAUGGGGAAAUCGAAGCACUUCGCAAAAAACAACAACAUAUUUUGGCGUUGACAGUUGCGGAUCCCAGAGAUAAAGAUGUUUUGGAGGAGCAAAUUGGGACUAUUCGUCGACGCACUGGUGAUUUGCGAAAAUUGGUUCGACAAGCUGAAGAUGAUUUCGCCGAAUUUGCACGACGUAAGCCGGAAAUUUGAUAGUUUUUUUUUGGUGUGUUUGUUUGUAUAACCUGACAUUUGCAGAAAACAAUUCAACAACAGAAGUAAAAAUACGACAAAAUCAAAUCGAGUUGUUGAAGAAGAAAAUGACAGAUCUGAUUUUUGUUUUUAAUGAUACACAUACAGAUUAUCGAUCAAGAGUUUCAGGUAAUUAAUCAACUUUCUGACUUCAAAUUUUGAAAUAGAAAAAUUCUGAAAAAAAAAUCUCCAAACAAAAAAAAUACAAAAAACAUUCCGUCGAGCCGGAUUCGAACCAGCGACCUAAGGAUACCCACUGACUCUACAGUCCUCCGCUCUACCAACUGAGCUAUCGACGGGAUGGAGUUAUGCCGCCGCAAUGUCGCUUUUCUCUUCUCUUCUUCUUCUCAUUUUUUUGUUAUCAAACAUUUCUUAUUUCAGCUCGCGUACGACGACAAUUGCAAACAGUUGGUCAAAAUUUAACUGAUGAAGAUAUUGAUAAAAUUUUGGAAUCUAGCGGUUCCGAACAGGUAGAAUUAUUCGUCACAAAUUACAAAUUAUUUUCAAAAAACAUUUUUUAGUUAUUUUUCCGCGAGGUCAAUCCGCUGUCAGUUUCCGGGCGCGCAGCUUAUGAAGAUGUCAAACAACGUCAUAAUGAAAUCGUUGAACUUGAAAAAAGUAUCACAAUGUUGCAGGAAAUCUUUUUAGAUAUGCAACAUCUUACUGAAUCACAGGUAUUUUUUUCUUAAUUUUAAAUUUUAUUUGAACCUUGAUUGAUUUUUUGUUUAGGGUGAUAUGGUGAAUAAUAUUGAAGCCAAUGUUGAAAAUACGAAAGAACAAGUGAGACAAGGAGCGGUGAAUGUGAAAACAGCGGUUGAAUAUAAGAAAAGUGCAAUGAGAAAGAAGGUAAAAAAAUUUCAAAAAAUUUUAGGAGGUUCGAAGCAUCUAAAAUUAAAGUUUAGUUCUUGAACUAGGUAGGAUUUUUUGGUAUAUUUUAAAAUUUUGACUAUUGGAAUUGAUUAUAACAUAUAGUAACAUAAACUAGAUUUUUCAAACUCAUUGAUAACCUAAAUCCCAAGCAAAGUUCCCUUUCAACAAUUUCUUUGAAAAUCCCCCUUUCUCGAAAUUCCAGAAAAUUCUUGCAAAAAAGCUUCCCUGUCAAAAAUUCUCAUUUCAACCCCCUCAUUUUUUUUACUCUUCUCUCGAACUCUUUUUUUUCUUUUUAUUCGAAAUUCGUCAUAGUCCGUUUCAUCCAAUUAUUUUUCAAACAAAAAAAUAUAUAUUUCGAUGAAAAUGAAAAAUAUGAUGACGAAACAUGUUUUCCCGGAGGAUUAUAAUUGUCCAAUUAAGCAGAACCAAAAAUAAACUAAUACGAAAAAAAAAAGCAAACACAACUUGCAGAUUUGUGUUGCGGCAAUCCUCAUUACAAUCGUCAUAAUUCUAAUUAUCGUUGCAAUCAUAUUAGCUGUUACGCUUUCGCGAAGUGGGAAAAACAACUAA